AUGUUCAGCCAGAUCGUUAGAGUUGCAUCAAAAAGGAGCUUACACCAAAGCUCAAUUAAAAGUAUUUCUAUCCCUUUUUUGCCUAAGUUGCCACAACCGCCGGGAGGUGUUCAAGGGGAUGUUAACACAGCUUAUUCUCCUCCACCACCAAAAAAACUACAUGGAUCCAUCCACUGGAAUUUAGAAAGGGUAUUUUCUGUUGCUUUGAUUCCUUUAGUGGGAUCUGCUCUAGUUAAUGGUAGCGGAAUUACUGGUGUAAUGGAUGUUGCACUUGGUUCGGCACUUUUGGCACACUGUUUUAUUGGGUUCCAAUCAUGUAUUAUUGAUUAUAUUCCUGCGAGAGUUUAUGGAAAGGCUCAUAACUAUGCUAUGUACUUGUUAGGCUUGGGGAGUAUCUUUUCUGCUGUAGGUAUUUACAAGCUAGAAUCGGAAGGUUACGGAGUAGUUGGGGGCUUGGCGACAUGGUGGACUGGUGAAAAGAAGACCAUAGAAACCGGGGAAAAGAAGGCCUGA